UCUGCACACCCACACCACAUAUACACUCAUAUAUAUGUAUAAAGACGCAUACCAUUUGAUCCUCUGACACUUUUUCGUUUAAUUUUUUUUCUUAAAGAUAAAAAGUUUUUUCUGUGGAUUGAUAAUUGAACCAAUCGUCAUAGAAGCAGAGAUUCAACCUUCUCCUCCUUUCUUUAUCUUUCCCUCUCACAAACAGAAGAUUUCAAAAGAAAAAGAAAAAAAGAAAAUCAUUGAAACGAUGGCGUUUCACCACAAUCAAGACCUCUCUUUCAAUCAUUUUACCGACCAAGACGGACCUCCUCCUCCUCCGCCUCCGCAACAGCAGCAGCAGCAACAUUUCCACGACGCGCCACCUCCUAACUGGCUCAACACUGCGCUUCUCCGCUCAGACAACAACAACAACAACUUCCUCAACCUCCACACAUCCACCGCCAACACCACCGCCGCGAGCAGCUCCGAUUCUCCUUCCUCCGCCGUCGCCGCCGCCGCCGCAGCUAAUCAGUGGCUAUCCCGUUCCUCCUCUUUCCUCCAACGAACCGGAAACAACAGCAACUCCGGCGCCGCCGUUGUCGGAGACGUCGUCGUCGACGAAGGAGGAGCAGAGACGAUGAUCAGCGGCGAGAACAAAAACGACGGAGGAGGAGGAGGAGCUGCGGCGUCGGCGGAGGGAGUAGUGAGCUGGCAGAAUGCGAGGCAAAAGGCGGAGAUACUCUCCCAUCCGCUAUACGAGCAGCUUCUGUCGGCGCACGUCGCUUGUCUGAGAAUCGCGACGCCGGUUGAUCAGCUUCCGAGGAUCGACGCGCAGCUUGCUCAGUCGCAGAACGUCGUUGCGAAGUACUCUGCUUUAGGCGCCGGCCAAGGACUCGUCGGCGACGACGACAAAGAGCUUGACCAGUUCAUGACGCAUUAUGUUUUGCUUCUGUGUUCUUUCAAAGAGCAACUGCAACAACACGUGCGUGUUCAUGCAAUGGAAGCUGUGAUGGCUUGUUGGGAGAUCGAGCAGUCUCUUCAAAGCUUAACAGGCGUGUCUCCAGGAGAAGGCAUGGGAGCAACAAUGUCAGAUGAUGAGGAUGAACAACAAGUAGAGAGCGAUGCUAAUAUGUUCGACGGAGGUGGUUUAGAUGUAUUGGGGUUUGGUCCUCUGGUUCCUACUGAGAGCGAGAGAUCUUUAAUGGAGCGAGUUAGACAAGAACUCAAACAUGAGCUCAAACAGGGUUACAAGGAGAAAAUAGUAGACAUAAGAGAGGAGAUACUGAGGAAGAGAAGAGCUGGUAAAUUACCAGGAGACACCACUUCUGUUCUCAAAGCAUGGUGGCAAUCGCAUUCCAAAUGGCCUUACCCUACUGAGGAAGAUAAGGCGAGGUUGGUGCAGGAGACAGGUUUGCAGCUAAAGCAGAUAAACAAUUGGUUCAUUAAUCAGAGAAAGAGAAACUGGCAUAGCAAUCCAUCUUCUUCCACUGUCUUGAAGAACAAACGCAAAAGCAAUGCAGGUGACGAUAGCGGAAGAGAGCGUUUCACGUAGAAAGAACAAAACAUAUGGAGUGAAUUUGGGAGCUGGAUUGGAUGGGGAUUUGAAGCAGUGUUUAGGGGUUAAACUUGGAUUAUACAGGAGAGGGGACAGUAUUAGAAAGCAACUUUUUGUGCAAUUACAACAUAGUACGUAGUUCGGUUAUGUGAUGCCAUAUAUUUAUUAGUAGACACAACCCAAAGAUGAAAAAGAAGAUUCAGGCUUCUGUUUGAUGUUGUUAUUUUUUUAAAUGGGAUAGUUUGUAUGCAUGAGUUUUAUUAUGAACCAUCAUUAGCAUGGUAUCUUGUGAAUAAGACAGUGAGUGGAUAGCAUUGGGAUACACAGUUUCUAUAUAAAGAAAACAUCACCUCCUUA